ACACAUCUUCAUAUAUAUACGUAUCUUCACUUCUUUUACCAUAUCUACAACAUUUCCACACUCCUUCUCUCAUCAAAUUACUCCUUCUCUCAUCAGGAAUACUCGUUCCCAUCUCUUAUUUCGAAAUUCAAUCAGCAAUGGAAACGAUGAAUAUUGCUUGCGAUCAGUUGAGAUCUGCCAACUCAAAAGAAUUACAUGUCCUAGCCGUUGAUGACAGCAACAUCGAUCGGAAAGUGAUCGAGAGGCUUCUCAAGGUCUCCUCGUUCAAAGUUACUGUUGUUGAUAGCGGAAGCAGAGCCUUACAGUAUCUAGGUUUAGAGGACGACAAAAAUUCUGCUCAAUUCGAUGAUUUGAAGGUAAACUUGAUCAUGACGGAUUAUUCCAUGCCUGGAAUGACAGGCUUUGAACUUCUUAAGAAAAUCAAGAAUUCUUCAACUCUGAGGGAGAUACCCGUAGUGAUCAUGUCAUCUGAGAACAUUUUAACACGCAUCGAUCGAUGUUUGGAAGAAGGGGCAGAAGAUUAUCUACUGAAACCAGUAAAACUAUCGGAUGUUAGGCGAUUGAAAGAUUCUAUAUUGAAAAGCGAAGGAGAUGAUGAAUUCAGACAGAUUGAAUCACAAAAGAGGAAAAGAAACGACGAUCGAUCACCCCAAAAACCGACACCGAAGCUUGCUAGACUGUAGUUUGUUGUCAGAUCCGAAUCCGAUGCCAUUUUUGACUAACAUCUGAAAUUGUACAUGUUAUAUAUAUACAAGUUAAUGAAUGUCCCACAUAUUUUUGACACCAUGAAAUUACAUGAGGGAUUUGUUUUGAUGA